AUGUUGCGUGUGUUUGCCGGCUCCCAGGCGCUUCUCGCGGUCGUUGGACCGCUCCUAUUGUUACUGGCAACAGAAGCCGAGCCAGCACCUGGCUUUACCAUGCAGCUUCACCGCACGCCCCGACGCAAUCGACAACCUGAGCGAUACGCGAGGCGAUUGCUUGUUGACGAUGACGUCGCGGAGCUCGUGCCGCUGCACUUGGGAUAUGGAACACACUACACGUGGGUCUAUGCCGGCACGCCGCCGCAGCGAGCGUCUGUGAUUGUGGACACUGGUAGUGCACUGAUGGCAUUUCCGUGCUCUGGCUGUGACGGGUGUGGGAACCACACUGACUUGCCAUUUGAUGCAAACAACUCGUCGACGUUAGCGCAUGUCAAGUGUUCUCAGCAGUCGUUCUAUCAGUGCAAGGGAUGCAACUUACCGUCGGACACGUGCGCCAUUUCGCAGUCGUACUUGGAGGGCAGCAGCUGGAAGGCCUCAGUGGUCGAGGAUGUCGUGUACUUGGGUGGAGAUUCGAGCUUUGACGACGAAGUGAUGCGCAACAAAUACGGCACGGUCUACCAAUUUGGCUGUCAGAACGUUGAGACGGGACUGUUUGUCACCCAAGUGGCGGACGGAAUCAUGGGGCUAUCGAGAACGGACAGUCAUAUCGUCGCAAAGCUGCACCGUGAAAACAAAAUUCCAAGCAACCUCUUUUCACUUUGUUUCAUUGAGGAUGGCGGCACCAUGUCCGUUGGCCAGCCGCACACAGCGGCACAUCGGGGCGAGAUUGGAUACGUGAAAAUGAUCCCGGAUAGCUCGACCAACCAUUUGUACAAUUUGCCCAUGAAGGAUGUACGUAUCGGUGGCAAAUCCAUUAACGCCAAAGCGGAGUCGUACACACAGGGGCACUUCAUUGUGGACAGCGGGACGACAGACUCGUAUCUCCCAAAAUCGAUGGAUGCAGAGUUUUCGAAGAAGUUCAAAGAAGUCGCUGGUCGCGAUUACCAGGUGAAUGCAUCAUGCAAAGGCUAUACCAAUGAAGAGUUGGCGUUGCUUCCAACGAUCCAGCUCGUGAUGGAAGCUGAAGGAGACGAAAAUGAGGAAGUGAUUCUGUCAAUUCCACCUGAGCAGUAUCUACUGUAUGAGAACGGCAAAUACUGUGGUGGCAUCCAUCUGACAGAGAACUCCGGCGGUGUCAUUGGAGCCAACCUCAUGACGAAUCGUGAUGUGAUUUUUGACACAAGCAACGGGCGCGUAGGCUUUGUGGAUGCCAACUGCGCGUGGCAGGAGGCUUCCAAUUCGACAACCGUGUCAUCGACGAACAACAAAACUACUAGUAUCAGUGAAGGGAAGGAGAAGAAGAAAGGUUCAACUACAAUCACUGUCGCGCCUGGUGAUACAUCGGUAGCCACAGGCACUCCUGCACCGACGGCCAAUGCAACAACUCAAGUUGCUGGCACUCCUGCACCGAUGACCAAUACAACAGCCGUAGCUGCCGGCACUCCUGCAUCGAUGAUCAAUGCAACAUCCGCAGUUGCAGGCACUCCUGCGCCGAUGGCUACUGCAACAUCUACAUCGAUAACCGCUGAUCCGGCUACCACGACUGAGCCGACUAUCGAGGCAACUCCGGAACCUGUUACAUCAGAGCCAACUGUGACGAGUGCAGAACUUUCACAGGCGACGAUGGAAACGAACAUGUCAUCCCUACACACUGGUUCAAGUGGCACUGCUGACUCGGAGAUCGAGGCAUUGGUGGGCGAAAUGGUCGAGUCUGCCAUGACCAAGUCGAAGUCGAAAGAGAAGUCGUUUGGUACUCAUCCGAUGGUGCUCACACUUGCAGGCGCUGUUUUGGUGGUGGGUUUCUUGUUGAUGGUUUUGAUAUCAAUCAAACGACGGCGACAAAAGACCCGCGACGACCAGCUCUGGAGUCGUGUCAAAAACGAUGAAGAGGACGACGACGUGAAUGACGAGGAAGAGUUUGGUCUCACUCGCGGCGACACGAUUACCCUCCAGGGGACGCCUACGACGAAGCACCAGCGGCUGGGUCAGUACGAUAAUGACCACGACGAUGAUGAUAAGGAUCACGAUCACGAGAGAAGUAGCAACGAAGAAGAUGACGAUGUCUUUGUCCUCGACUCGAUACCGGAGGAGGAAUCCAAAGUCGACAAUUCCACGCUAGAGCGGCUGUGA